UUCACUAUUAGGGAUUGCUCAGCAUUAGGCUGGGAUGCGUCAUGUUGUUUUGAUAAGAUUUAAUGGAUUGUUUGGAGUCUUUUGAAUAACUGGAAAUGAUUGUUUUUAGACAUAAACAUAAAUUCUGUUAAAAUAUUCUGCUGUUGAUGGACAAACUUCAAUGUUAUCUUUAGGCAUUCACUGUGAUGUAAGAAUUUGAAAUAUUUUAAUUAAAAUGUGGAGGAAUAUAGAGCAAACAUAGUGUAUAAUGACAUAUGUUUUGUUUAAACGCUGAAAGAUGAAAUGUGUUUAUAUUACACAUAAGAACAUGUGUAGAAGUAAUCAUUGACAUUGAGUUUUAAUUGAUAUUGCUGUUAUGUUCUGGAUUGUUUUAAGAAAGGUAAAAGUUCAUACCUGGCCGUGAUAAUUGCUUAGAUUCAGGAAGAAACAGGACUUAGAAGAGUUUGGUUUUCUACUAGAAAAAAACAUGAUGAUAAUGACUUUGCUUUUGUUCCAGAACUGAGUAAAAUGUGAAAUUAAAAUGGAAUAUCAAUAAAAUAGAUGUGGAAUAAUAUUCAUGACAUUGGAACAAUUUAAUGAAGAGCAUACUAUAAAAAAUGCACUUUGAAAAUAGUGUUUUAUGAUGUUGUGAUUUUGCCAAGAGUAGAAUUUCACCUGUUGGAAUUAAAAUGUAUGAUUGUAGAUUAUCUGGAAGAACAGAGAUCCAUUGGUGAAAAGUUAUACUGAGAUGCCUUUUUUAAUACUCCAGUGAAAAAUAUCUUGUCUUACAAAGAUUUGGAAAACAACAACUCUGUGUCUUCAAUCUGUUAAUUGAAACAGAAAAGUUAAUUCAGGCAGAACAUUAUUGAUUCCUGUAUCACCUUCCAUGAAAUUAAUAACAUGUUUUGACGGGAAGCACAUGUGCUUUAUUGAUUUUUAUCAUUUUACCUGCAUGUUGAAUAAAGUACAUGAAUGCACGUGCAUAAUGAAUGCAUGGAGGUGUUUUGCCUUGAUUCAUUGUCAUUAGUUUGAAUCUUGGUGUUUUGCAUAACUGAUUUAUGUUUGGAGGUUGAAAAUAAAAAAUUUACUAAAAUGACUAUCAAUAAUCUACCCAAUUUUGUGAAAACUAAAAGUUGACUGGAGAAUAAUAGUGAUUCAUUUGACUUUUAAUGGAGUUAUCUGGAGUUGUAAGAAUUGAAAGGGCAAACCAUUAUCUGAGAAGGGCCCCUAGAAGUCAACCAGCAAUUGGACUCAAACAGACACCAAAGACUAGACCUACCAUAUUUGGAACUAUCACUGAAGAGACAAAGAGGGAAGAAAAUAGACUGAAGAACGUUGUCCCCCAGAUGCAAAGUCUGUCAGCGAUGUUUGACAAGGCAGGAGGUGGUUACGACUGCCAGAGCACCAACUGUAAUGAGAAUGAUGCAUUGACAUUCAAGGAUGGGAAUCUUGUGGCUGGUUCCACUGAGGCUCUCAUACAACACCUGGUUCCCACAAAGGAAUAUAACCCAGAUAGGACAUAUGUGUUUACAUUUUUGUUAAGUUCACGGCUGUUUAUCCGACCCCAUGAACUCCUGUCAGAAGUAUGCCAGGUGUGUUCAUUCCAGCAGAAUCUCACCAGUGAUAAUGUACAGAAACACAAGCUUGGCAAGUUUGGUCAAAAUAUCAUACAAUUACUCAGUGAAUGGACAGAAAUGUUUCCAUAUGAUUUCCGGGAUGAACGAAUGAUGAAACAGUUGAAGGAAAUCUCACAACGAGUGUUGAAGGUCUACCCAGAAUUACGGCAUGAUAUUGGUGCAAUCACUCAUAACCUACUCAAUAAGUUGGCACAGUUGAACCGCUAUGAGGAAGUUUUGUCAAAACUGAAUGCCGAGGCAGUGAAACGUUCACAGACCCAGAUCGCACCUACAACAGACAUCCUGGAAGUUUGUCCCAGUCCACUAAGGCUAGCGCAACAACUAACACAUAUAGAACUGGAACGAUUAAGUCAGAUUGGACCAGAGGAGUUUGUUCAAGCCUUUUCAAAAGAAGAAGUGUCCACUCAACUUCCUGUGUUUCGAGAUAUGAAAAAAACGCACAAUCUGGAGGCGUACGUGCAGUGGUUUAACCGGCUCAGUUAUCUAGUCGCAUCAGAAAUUUGCUCACAUUUAAAGAAGAAGAAUCGGGUAAAACUUGUUGAAUAUUUCAUAGACGUUGCCAAAGAAUGUAUAAACAUUGGAAAUUUCAACUCACUAAUGGCCAUUAUAGCAGGGAUGAAUAUGAAUCCUGUAGCAAGAUUAAAAAAGACAUGGGCCAAGGUGAACAAAGCAAAAUUUGGAAUCCUUGAGUUACAGAUGGAUCCAUCAAACAACUUUGGUAGUUACAGAUCAUGUCUGAAGGCAGCCAUGUGGCGAGCUCAGGGUGCUAGUGAUAGCAGGGAAAAGAUUGUGAUACCAUUCUUCAGUCUGUUUGUGAAGGAUAUUUACUUCCUCAACGAGGGCUGUUCCAACAGAUCUGAAACUGGCAACAUUAACUUUCAGAAAUUUUGGCAGUUAGCAAAACAAAUAUCAGACUUUGUUACAUGGCAACAAGUUGAGUGUCCAUUUGAGAAGCACACAGAUGUUCUUCACUACAUUCUUACCUCCCCUGUGUUCUCAGAAACCACAUUGUCGCUGGCAUCGUUUGAAUGUGAACCGCCAGAAAACAGCUACGACAAAGAAAGACAUAAAAAGCUAAAGUCUGAAGCAGGGUUAUGACGAAGGAGCCAGGGUAAAGAAAGAUUCCCAAAUCUACUGGUCAGUGAUAUUGCUUAGCAUGACAGAACGUAAUUAAAAGCUUGCGUACUCAACUACAGAACAUUGUAAGCAAUUUGUGAACAAUCUUACUGAAGGAUUGACAUUGGUGCUUACAAAUGAUACAGACUGAAGAAAGUUAGACUGGAGAGGUGGAGAUACUACAUACCAGAAUGUUUUCAUAUUAAAGCAGUGUGUUCAGUGAAGAAUUGUGAUGUUGUGAAACUGUAGGAUAUAUUGUUAGUGAAAGAUGUGUUGUUAACUGUUAAACAUUUUAAAUGGCAAACAUUGCUCUCUGAAGCCAGUGUUAAGGAUUGUAUAUAAUCGUACUUGUAAUUUAUAUGAUUGUUAGCAAAAUAGGUGGACCAUAUCCAGUCAUUAAUUUAAAAAGAAAUACUCAAACAUUUGUUCGGGUUGGUACAUUUAUUUCAUAAUAAAAUGAUACACUUUAUUUUCCUAAGACUUGAGCAGUUGCUUAGUUUUUAUUUAUAAAUGGUUACAAAAGUAUGUUAAAUUUCUGUAACUAUUUGACAUUCUGGUCUUAUUAUAGUUUCUGUUAUAAAUGUUUGCCCAGUUUUAUAGUAUUAGAAACUCUUACUGCAUAAUUUGGUGCCAUAGGAAAUAUAUACCAGUGCUAAUUUUGUAGGACUUGUGGAAGAAUUGAUAUGAUAUCAUUGUAAAUGUAAUAAUGAAACUUAGGAAAUAAGUCAGUGAAAAGUUCAUUUAUCAUGAUUUACCGAAGUAAAUAUAUAGGUACUUCUUCGAAAAAUCCAUUAAUUUCUUGAUUUGGUGUAGAUAUUUGUUUGUUUAUUUUUAUUUAUGAAGGGAUCAGUGAUUUUAUGGACCAAACAUUGUUAAUUUAUGUAUUCAGUUUUCAGAAUGUAUAUGGAUCUGUCAUUUAGUUGCACCAUUGAUUAUCAUGUUUUGUUUUCAGUGCAUUUUUUCCAAACUUUCAUUUGACAGCUGCCAUAAUAAAAACUAGAUUACAGUAAUUUAUUUUGGCUAGCCGUAAUAUUUUUAACUGAUAAUGAUGAAAACAUUGUUUUCUACAGAAAUGCAUUGCAAAAUCUACUCAAAACAUAGAACGGUAGUAGAUUCUUACUUAAUGCUGUCUUUAUAAAUGUAUUUUGGAAUCUACCCAUUUUGACUGCUUGUGUCAAGAAUUUUCCAGUAUGAUGUCAUGCUACAUUUCCAUCAGCAUGUUUUUCAUUCACCUUAGAAAAUGGAAAUUUUUAAUUUUUAUGUACUACUCUCUAAGUUAAAUUAUUACUAGAGUUUUAAUGUAGAAUAAAAAAAAAAGUAAUAUUUUACAUAUAGAAACAUUUCAACAUUGCAACUUUUUAGUUCCAAUUCAUUGACGGUAUUUCAAUGCAGGAUUUUCUUUUGGGUAUAAACAUUUAUAUUUUAAUUAAGUUUUUUUCAAAGUUGUCACCAUACUUAUGUGAAGGACAGCUGUGGAUUGUAUUUGGUGUUGUUGUUACUAAAAAUAGAAAAAUGAUUUCCAUUCAAUCACUCUAAUUUGGACGUGAUAUUUCAAUGGAACUUGGUAUGAAGGUAGGGGAUUGUUUUUGCGACCAUUAGGGUUAAGGUCACUAUUACAAAAAAUAGAAAAUGUUUGAAAAACCUGGUUUUCAUGGAAUUUCCACAUCUAUUGUUCAUUUCAUAUGGCAUAUACUGUGUAACAAAAGACUUAAGAGCUGUGUAACUGGUUACAGAAUUGCAGCAGUAUUUUGUUAGAGCUGUGAUCUACCAGUCAAAAAAUUCUGUCAAGUUUCUUUUUAACUGAUUAUUUCAUUUUAUGUAAAUUGUGACGAUGACCUGUCAACAGAAAUUGAUCAAAUUUCACUCAGUCAUAUAGAUUUUAGCGAAUAUAAGAAAUUGUACAUCAAUCCUUGAGUCACUGGUAAAUUGGAUUGUUAAAAAUGGGUACCAUAUAUUUAUAUAUGUAUACUAAUCAUGUUCUCAUUUCAUUCAUCAAUAUAUUGCAUUCCCAUCAUUGUUACUUUGAUUAAAAUGUCUUAAGUUAUUGAAUAAAAUUUAUAAGAUGCCAAAAUAGAA